AUGCUCGUGCCUACGCUUUCUGCCGCACCGAAGUCGGUGGCAUCGCCCGCCAGCUUGGCACACACAUCAACCUUGGUGAUGAAGGCAGCCACAGCUUUGGAAGUGCGACGUUUCUUCGCCACCACAUCCUCAUCUCGUGCAUCUCCCUCUUCUACCUCACCGGCCUCCUCGUCAUCGAGAUCAGCACGACGAUCAGCCCGCUUCACAGCUCGGCCGGGAGCAGACAUGGUGGGGCCUCCUGAUCCGAUCAGCAACCUUCGACCCAUCCGAUACGGUUCCGCGUUCGAAGAAGCCGCUUCCUCUUGCUCCCCGUCUUCCACAUCAUCCCAAGUAUCUUCGUCCGCUCACUCACAGUCGGCAGCACUGAGCAUGUCCCAUCCGUACUCGUUGCACGAAUUCACCACCUCAGGCGAUUCGAGCUUCGGCGGCUGGUCCCACAACACCACCCACGCGCGCCGAAACCGAGGUGACUCUUCGCCUUCUCUCUAUUUCGAACGCCUACUCGCCAAACUGGAAGAAGCCGAGCUAGCACACAAGCUGCGCAUGGCGAGAGCGGACAACUUCAACCAACGCUUCUGGCAGGACAACAACGCCCGCUUCAUCCAGGCUCUCUCCGAGUUCAGGUCGAGGACGGGCUCGAGCAAGGCUGUAGCCACUCUCAAGGCGGGCGAAGCCCAGGCACAGGCGCAGGAGAGUGAGCAGGACCUCGACCUGGACUCCGACUCGUUGGCAACGUUUUACUCUGCCUGGCUCAAGGCAAACGCGCCGCGGCAUAGAGCCUACAAUCGACAGCUUUGGGCCCAGACGUUCGGCGACCUGGCUCCCGCCGCGAGGUACCAAGGCUUGAGGGCGUGGGCGAAGCUGGUCGGAUCCGUGGAGCGCAGGUUGGGUCGUGUGGGUUGA